UGAUGAGAUGUGGGAGGGGUAGAAGUGCCUGCCUCUUUCUCCAGGCUCUCAUCUCAACCAGCUGCACACUGGCAGCUCACCACCCUGCAUGUACAAACCCAGCACUGCUAGAAAGGACAUCACUCUUCCCUGGGAGAAUCAUAUCACCCAUAGGAUUUAAACAUGAUUUUUCUACUUGGACUCUGCUUUUGUGUUUCCACCUCCCUGGGAGAUAAUGGAGCUGAAAUCACUGAGAACAACUUAAUGGAGUUUUCAUUAGUAAAUGGCAUAGAGAAAAAAGUGGCAUCCCGAGUUCCAAGGCAAAUUCCCUUUUCAUCAAGAAGAGAAAUCAAGCCCCUGGUUUCUGAAUUCUCUGUGAAAUCAACCAUUAUAUCACGCUAUGCAUUCACUGCUGUGUCCUGCACCAUGGUGAAUCGGGCAGCUCAGGCUAAAGAUGUUGUAUUCCAGAUGCAGAUUCCAGCAGCAGCUUUUGUUUCCAACUUUACAAUGAUUCUUGGAGGCAAAACAUAUUACAGUGAAGUCACCUGGAGAAAGAAGACUGGAGAUAACAAUAUACACGACUAUGAGAAAAUUAAUGGUGACAGGGGAGAAAAUGAAAUGGAAACAUUUAAUGCAUCAGCAUUCAUUCCUGGAAGAGACAAAGCGGUUUUUCUGCUCAUGUAUGAGGAGCUGCUUCAAAGACGUCUUGGAAUGUAUGAGCAUGUUAUCAGUGUCCGUCCACAGCAGUUAGUCGGCCGCCUAUUGGUGGAGAUCAAUAUUCUGGAAGCAUCUGGGAUCACUUCCCUAGAGGUUCUGCCACUCCAAAACAAUAAGCAGAAAAGUAAAACUGAUGAUAUCUCCCCUCCUCCAUCAACGAUUAUUAACCAGACAGAAAAUUUUGCAAGAAUAACAUUUGAACCCAGUGUGGUUCAGCAAGCAAAGAUCACUCAAAAUGGGAAUCUAGGUGAUUUUGUGGUUCGAUACGAUGCAAGAAGAGAGCUUAGCAUUGGUGACAUUCAGGUAUUAAAUGGAUACUUUGUGCAUUAUUUUGCACCCACUGACCUACCUCCUCUGCCAAAGAAUGUGGUUUUUGUGAUUGAUACAAGUGCUUCUAUGGUUGGAACUAAAAUGAAACAGACGCAAGAUGCUUUAUUUACUAUUCUUCGGGACUUAAGACCCGAUGAUCAUUUCAACAUUAUUGGGUUUUCCAGCAAAAUAAAAGUUUGGCAGCAAAAUCAACUUGUGAAAGUUUCUCCAAACAACAUACGAGAUGCAAAAAAGUUCACAUACGGCUUGUCACCUACAGGAGGCACAAAUAUAAAUGGAGGUAUCCAGGCUGCCACCAGCCUCCUCAAUAACUAUCUAAUUAAUAUGGACAAGCAUGAGAAGAGCGUGUCAUUGAUGAUAUUCUUGACUGAUGGAAGACCAACUAUUGGGGAAAUCCAGUCUAGUAAUAUCCUAUUAAAUACUAAGAAUGCCAUCAAGGAAAAGUUCUGUCUGUUCAGCAUUGGCAUUGGCAAUGAUGUUGAUUUCCAACUCUUAGAGAAAUUGUCUCUGGAAAACUGCGGCAUGAUGCGACGGGUCAGUGAAGACGAUGAUGCAGCAGUUCAACUGAAAGGGUUUUAUGAUGAGAUUGGAACACCAUUAUUAUCUGAUAUUCAAAUUGACUAUCCACCAGAUAGUGUUGAAUCUGUCACACAGAACAUGUUCUAUAACUACUUUAAUGGGUCGGAAAUAGUAGUGGCCGGAAAGCUGAUGAAUACAUCCAGUGAUGCUUUACAUGUUGAGAUCACAGCAAGUAACAGAAACAAAUACGUUGUCCUAGAAGCUGAUGUAAAGAUUGAAGGUGCCGGACCAAAGGAGAUUACAGGAUCUAAGAUUAUUGAGGACAGCAAGCAAUACAGGAACCACAUUGAAAGGCUGUGGGGUUACCUGACCUUCAAGGAACUCCUUACAGCUUGGCAUAAGAGUGACAGAGACCAUGAGAAGGAGGAAAUAACAAGAAAGGCCAGCAAACUUGCACUGCAGUAUAACUUUGUCACACCAUUCACACUGCUAGAAGUUAAGGACUUUGGCUUCCAGGCAGAUCUUCCCAAAGAAGAGUCAGCUAGCCUUUAUACAGAGGGAAUUGGACAAAAACUGCUCAGCUUACAAGGAAGGAAAGUAACAAAAGAACUUCCAUCCCAACAGAUAAGCAAACCAAAACCAACUAUUUCUAAAACUUCAGCGGAUGGAGAUCCACAUUUUGUUGUUGAAUUCCCCUUGAGUAAGUUGACAGUGUGCUUCAAUAUUGAUGGUGAACCUGGAGACGUACUGAGGCUGGUAUCAGACCACAAAUACUCUGGUGUGACAGUGAAUGGACAGCUGAUCGGUGCUCCGGCCCCUCCAAAUGGACAUAAGAAACAAAGAACCUACUUUAGCAGGAUCACUAUAAUCAUAAACAAACCAAAGCGCGCUUAUAUAGAAAUCACUCCCACCAAGGUGAUCCUAGACAGCAAGGAUCGACUCAUUUUAUCAUGUGAUAAGAGUGCCACAGUCAAGAGUGAUGCCUUUUUGGUCUCAGUUGCUGCUAAAUCCAAUGUCACCGUGACCAUUCAAGGGACUAUUACCUUUGUAAUCCUGGUCCAUCGCUACAAGAACCCAGCUCCAUAUCAAAGAAACCACUUGGGAUUUUAUAUUUCUAACAGCAAAGGGUUGUCCCCAAAUUCUCAUGGACUUUUAGGUCAGUUCCUAUAUAAUGAAGUUAAGGUCACACAGGUGCCACUGAGCACAAACAAUGGUCAUGCAGCAAACCAAAGCUCAAAUGUCAUUAACAUGCUGAAGGUUAGGAAUCGCUCAGUCCCUGUAAUCAGAAAGCAGAGGAGAUUAUACAAUGGCCUUCACCAAGUGGACUGCUGGUUUGCAAAGAAUAAUGCAGAGAAACUGAUCGAUGGGGUAUAUAAGGAUUAUCUGCUAUCUCAUCCCUUUGACUGUGGUAGGGAUUUAAUAACAAAUGAAGUGUAGAACACCAUCAGUAUCAGCAACAUUCCACUUAUAUGUGCUAAAAGCUGGUUAACAUGGAAGAGGACCUCAAUAAAUGUAUCUGCUAUAGUACAGUAUACCAAUAUUUGGAGUCUUGGUCACAGUACAUGACUGUGACAUCUUUGCACAAAGUGUUCUUUGGAAACCAUUUUAGACCAUUUUAUAUCUACAUUUUCUGUGUUGUCAUAGUUUUGUGUUAUCAGCACAUAGAUAUACUCAUAACGCAAGGAAGUUUUAUAUGAAAUUGUACC